AUAAAAGCUGAACUGAAUUUCCCUCUUAGAUUUGCUCUUGACCCCUUAAAACCGCCUAAUGGGCUGUCUUCGUCAUAAACCCUUACAUUUUCCCUUAAAUAUCGAACUUAUCUUCAGCUAAAAACAUUUAUCUGUAGCAUAAAGUUUCCCUUUGAAUUAUUUAAGCGACCUAAACCAUUUUUAGAUCAAUGGGCUAUUUAAACAUUGUCUUCCCUACAUUAGCGGAUGUAAACUCUCGGUUUGGGACGCGCCCCGGGUGAGCCCACGGAAUUUCCCUUGUUGCCAAACAACAGGUUGCGUUCAAGGCGGAGUUGCCAAGCAACGCCACUAGCAACACAAGUAAGGCUGCGCUGUGAACAGCAGUGCAGAAUAAGCUCGUGAAGACAGAGAAAGGUCUCCAGAGCAGCGGAUGGCUGGUACCCGAAUUUCGGAGCAGCUGCCUCCGCUUAUUGACCGGAAUCAGUCGCCCCUGGCGUUUGGUCAGCGCGCCCUUCCGCGGCUAGCGGCGGAACUGCAAAACCCGGAGCUGACCGUCCGUCAGGGGGCGCUAGCGGCGCUGCGAGACCUCAUUCACGACCCGGAGCGAGCUUAUGAGACCAUUUACCACGGUUGUUUGGAGAGGUUGAAGGUGUUGCUUAAAGACGAGGACAGCUCCAUCAGGACAGCAACUACUGAGGUGCUUUAUCUACUGACUGCACACAGCGUAGGCAGGGAGGCAAUAUUGAGGGAGGAUGUGGUUGGCUGUCUCUCUGAGCUGCUGGACGAGCCUGUGGAUGCCUGCCGCAGAAACACACACCAAGUGCUGAAGAUGAUGUCCGGAUUUCCUGCAGGUGUGGCGUGUAUGGUGUCUCUGGGUUUGGUGCCCCGGUUAGUUAUGAAGGUCGCUGCAGAGACAGAGGACAUUCGAGAGCUUGUCCUGUCCACUCUGGGCUCCUGCAUGCGAGUGGACACUCAGGCCGCUCAGGCUGCUCUGGCCAGUGACGUAGUGACUGUGCUGAGGGAACAACUCACACACUCAUCCACCAACAUCCGCAGGGAGGCCACUGCAGCCAUGAUAGCCAUCAGUGUCCCUCCGCAGGGGAAGGUAAAGGUGUGUGAAGAGGAGGUUUUACCUGUUUUGGUCCAGUUGCUAAGUGAUGAAGACCUGGAGAUCAAAGCCAAUGCUGCUGGGACCAUUAUGAACACUGCAGUCAUCACCAAGGGGAAGUUCCAGUCUCUGCAGGCCGGAGCUCUGGCCCCUCUGCUGCAUUUGGUGGAGUGUGAGGACAGGGCAGUGUGUGCUAAUGCUCUGAGGGCCCUCACCUGCCUGGCAGAGGUUCCCAGGGCCCGGGAACAGCUGCUCCAACACCUGCCCCUCCUCCAGACACGCCUGAACCAUCCAGAGCCCAUCAUCCAGCGAGCUUCAGCCACAGCAAUACAGGUCAUCUCCUGGACCCCUUGACAGGCCAGCAAUCCAAUCAAACUUCUGAACAGUCUGAACCCACCUUGACUAAUCUGUCAUGAAAGUCAUUCUGGAAGGAAAGGUGAAAUAAAAAAUAUAUUAUAAUAAAAAUAAUACAGAUUGGGCACCCCUGUCAAAUGAUUCUCUGGGUGUAAAUCAGUAAAAUAAAUUCUGUACCAAGACAUA